GGAGGAGGUGCAGCACUUCCAGCCACUGCAGCAGGAUCCAGGCCGGGACCGCCCAGAAGAGCAGGACCGCGCCCGUGGCCGCUUGCGCAGGGCAGUUCAGAGGUUGCUGAGAUUCAUGGGCGUUCGGCGCAGAGCAGCCACGACCGCACCGCCCGAGCUCACGGCACAGCCUGACACCAGCGCAGCCGAGCUCGAGGCGGAGCCGGAUGGCAGCACUGCACCGAGGGAUUGUGCAGCCAGCGGUGACAUGGCACCGACUGAUGGCACAGCAACCUCGGACGUGACAGCAACUAAUGGCACAGAAACCACCACCAUGGCAGCCAUUGAUUGCGCAGCCAGCUGUGACAUGGCACCAGUUGAUGGCACAGACACCUCUGACCAGACACCGGUUGAUGGCACAGCAAACUCGGACAUGGCACCAGUUGAGGGCACAGAAGCAACCGACACUGCACCUCUUGAGGACAGAGCCACCUCUGACACGGCACCGAUGGAUGGCACAGACACCUGUGACACUGCGCUGGUCGACACCGACACAAGCUCUGACACGGCACCAACGGAUGUCGGGGCCAAGUCUGAUGACACGACUGAGAGCAUCGCAGACACUGACUGCACACCCAUGGACAGUGUGACUGAUGCUCCCAGUGUGGACGUUUUGGAGCAGGAAGGUGUCUCCAGUGCAAAUGAAGUGCCGGCCAUUGUCAGAUCCAUCCACCAGUGGCUCACGUGCCAGGAGUCUGCAGAGGUCAGGCCGCCCAUUGCCAUCCGCAGGCUGGCCCACGCACACCCUGGGCACGUGGUGAUGACUCUCCUGCACUGUGCCCCAGCGUGUGACAGAGCUGCUGCAAUCCUGUGGAGGACCAUCGCCUCCUCGGCCACCACAGCGCACAAGGUGCUGCCAACGCUGCUCGGGGUGAUGGAGGACUGGCCACUGCACAGCGUGUCCACCUCCAACGGGGACCAUGUGGAUGUCUUUGCCCUGGCUGCAACCCUGGCCCUGUGGCUGAUGGUCCAGGAGCCCCAGUGCCAAGAUGCACUCUUGGUUCAUGCCCCUCGUCUCCUCCUGGCUCUGCUCUGCCAAGUUUCUAUGAGCACAGAGCAGAUGCCACAGGAGGUCAGCACCUUCUGGACGGGAUGCCAGGAGAAACACGGCCUUCCCACCCACCCCAACAGCUUUGUGGUGCAGACCAUCCGGGCCCUGCUCUGCCGGCUGCAGUGGGACCAGGAGCUGGUGUCAGUGGAGCGCAAGCGUGGCUGGGACGCGCUCCUCUCUGCUGACACCCACCACUACGCGGUGGGGCUGCUGGCCAGGGAGAUGCACUGGGUGUUGGGCCCCUCCUAUGGCCCGCUGGCAAGGCACCUGCUGGGGCUGCUCAGCAGGGAGGGGCCCCGCUGGGAGCUGCCUGCCCUGGCCUUCCUUGUCGAGGUCCUCGACUAUCUGGAUGUGAGCACCUGUCAUGACAGUGUCCUGCAGAUGCUGGCAAGGCACCUGCAGAGCCAGUGCCCAGAGAGGCGGCGCCUGGCUCUGCGAGGGCUCCUGGUGCUCAGCGGGGAUCCCUCAAUGGCCAAAGGCAUCUGCAGCCUGUCUGAGCACCUCCUGGAGCUGCUGCGUGAUGGAGAUGGAGAGCUGGUCACCAUGACCCUCUUCUUGUUCCUGAAUGUGCUCCAGGAUGGAGACAACAGCGAUGAGUUCAGCUCCACUGCCCCGAGGCUGGCUGAGGCGCUCCGGCCAGUCUUUGACAACGACAACAGCCACGUGCAGCUGCUCUCCAUUUGCCUCUUCCGAGAGGUGAUGGAGUUGCUGGCGGAAGAGGGAACAGAGCCCUGGGAGAUGCAGGUGCGCCAGAGCCUGGUCCCACUGUUCUUCCACUGGCACGACGAGAACCAGCGCGUGGCAGAGGCCGCUCGGGAAGCGCUGCUCUGGGCUGCAAGCUUCCUCCAGAGGAAGGACCUGGAGCAGCUGCUGAAGACAGAGCAGCCCUUCAGGUUCUGUGAUUACCUGAUGGAAAAGGACGUGAGCCGAAGGGGUGAGCACCUGCAGCAGGCCCUGCCCUACCUGCAGAGCCCACAGGAGCCCCUGCGAGAGGCGGCCGUCAGGUUCAUGGGGGUGGCCGGCUGGCACAUGAGGGAGCGGCAGCAAGACCUGUGGCCCAUCCUCAAAGCCCUUACAGCCAUGAGUGAUGAUGACUGCCCCUCCGUCUCCAACAUGAGAGCUGCACUCGUGGCCACUUACAGCCGUGCCAUGAGAACUCCACCUGCUCCGCUGAGACGACCAAUGUCCCUGCAACAGCCCCCCACCACAGCCCAGGGACCACUUCUCAGCGCGGCUGCAGCUCCAGCUGAUGCUGGGCCCAACUGAGCCAGCCCGCAAGGCCAGGCAGCUCCUGGCCUCUGCAGCCCCAGGGACGGCUCCCUCCCUUCCAUUCCCUUCUCCUGACCCCACUUCAUCCUUCCCCUUGCCCUGAUGUUAAUAAACCCUGGCUUUCUCCCCUUA